AUGAAGAUUGUUUUGAUUUUCUGUCUCGUUUUUUGGAUGAUGUGUUCAGUUGAUGCAAAACACCACAGUAAGUUGUUUUUAAUGAAAGUCUGAACUUGUGGCGAAAAAUAUUAUCUAUUUUAACUCAAUUUACAGUCUUUUCAGUAAUCUUCUCAAAAGGCGAUCUUUUUUUUAGGAGGUUGUCAGCGUUUCUCUAAAUUCAUCUUGCAAAUUAUCCUCUAAAAUUGUCUGUUUUGUGUUUUCGCUUUUUGUGGACGUGAGAAUCACGGUUGUAACGUACCGUAGAGACAAAUAAUACGCGAUCUUAUUCUGAGAUCAAUCACCCAAGAAAUAAAAAAUGGUAAUUAUUUUUAAGAGGUCUCUUAAGAGGUUGAAAUGAUAUCACAGACGUGUAAAUAGACGUGUUAUGUUGAUUAAAUGACGGUUUUUUUUUUCUUUGAGAAGCAUAUCGUAACCCGAAGCCUCCGUUGACUAAACUACGGCUGUAAAACGACUUUAUCACAGGCAGAGUUAUCUUUAUAGGCAAAUUUCCCUCGAGUUGGUUUUGGGUAAUUUCUACAACGCAGAUUUUUGACAAAUAAUAUCCUUGUCUUAAUAUCAGUGACACAUUAUUUUCAGUUUUCAUCAUUCACCACGAUCUUUGUUCCUUAACCCUUUUACGCCUAAGAGUGACUAACAUCUAGUUUCUCCUUACAAUAUCUCCCCUGAAUCACAUAUGAAGGUCACAAGAAUAAGGAAAUGAUCACCAACUAAAACAGUAAUGAGAAUAUGCAUUCUGAUAUUAGGGUGUAAAAUGUUAAUUAACGUUUCUUGCAAAAUAUUCAAUAUCAAUAUACUAUGACACAAAAAUAUGGUUACAGAUGUUUUUAAUGAGUGUUAGAGCAAACGACCUGUUUUUUUUUUUGCGCUGAGCGGGUUGUGCGUGUGCGUGUGCUCUUUGGCAGUUACAGUUGGCACAAACAACCUAAUCUUAGAAUUUAGACGAUGGUAUUUUUGGUGAAAAAGGUUAAGUGUAUCUUUAUGGUGAUUUAUCUAGAGAGUGUGGUUUAUUUAGUUGCUUCGAGUGCUUUAACUGAAUGAUCGAGAGCUCGAACUGGUGCUCAAGUUGGUGAAUUUAGGUAUGUUUUCAAACGAUUAGGCCGUUCACUGGGCAGAACCUCUUUACAUCCAGAAACUCUUUGUCGGUACUUUCUUACAAUCUCUGAAAAUAAUAAUAAUAAUAAUAAUAACAAUGAUAAUAAUAAUAAUAAAAUGCUAAGAUCUGGACUAAACUGCUCAGGAUGAGUACCUCACUAAGAAAUGUUAGACUCUAAAUUGAAACUACUGACUGUUUGUACAAAUAACAGUAAUUCUCCAAAAUGAUUUAACGUAACUCACAUGUUGUGUUUCUUUACAGAAUCAAAGUCUCAUGGCAGAUUAGGACAUCACAAAUCCAGUUUAGAGGAAAAACCCUUGAAAAAAGGUGAAUACGUGAUGAGAAGCUAGAACUGAACUGGAUGCCUAAUUGUGCCGUCCGUAGGAGGAUCCUUGGGGGCGACUCGUUAGUGAUCGUUGGCUUGUAACAAACAAACAAGCUCUUGAGUUUCCCACUCGGCAGGUUCUCUGAUCGCGAGCUUUAAAUUAUGUGCAGGUGGCAGAUGAAGCCGAGGGAAAAACAUUCAAGUGUGUCUUGAGACGGGUCAUUAGGUGAACUUUAUCCUGGCACAACUAAAAUCCCCACCCUCCCCUCCCCAGGCGAUUAAUAAUGACUAGCCCCACACUACUUUUGCUUUCCGAAUUUCAGUCGAACUAGCAAUAAAAAUAAGCGAUAAAAAUAAAGAAAUUAUUGUACGUAGAAUGAGAGAGAUGGUAAGUUUUGAGCUCGCUAAAGAAAUUUAAAAAGAUAUUUUUCGUCUUGUCUCGAGCGUGGGACAAAGAGAAAAAUCCUCAGUCCUCAUGAGGAAUCGAACCUCAGACCAUCGGAUUCCGCGCUCCGAUGCUCUACCACUAAGCCAGAGACUCUAUCCUCUAUUUAUAGACAUGACGCCAUCGACAUUGCUGAUCCUAGCGGUAUGCAGGACGCUUGUCAUAUGAACUUCGUAAUAGACCUCGCUCACCGUAGAGUCUCCGUGGCUCAGCGAUAGAGCAAGCUUUGAGGUUCGAUUCCUCAUUCCCACGCUCGUGACAUGACGAAAAAACAUCUUUCUCUAAAAUUAUUUCAUGAACGUUUAACAUGCCACCUCAGUCAGCGGCGAAGCGGGCGGGUUUCGAGUUUGCAAGCGAUUGAUGCGUGGGAGUGUUUGCGAGGAAUCCACAAAGGUUCUCGUAAAAUAGUGAGAGAGCUUUAAAAGCUCCCUCACGCUCGCGUAGCUCGACGAGUCGAAUCUCGCGGACUACACCGCUCGUGACGAGGCGCUAACAAGAACUUGUUCGCACGCUAAUGCCUGCCUAUCUCGCAAACUAAUUCUUAAGCUUGGAGGUCCGACCAGAACUGGCCUGGGUUUGAGUCUUCACGGGAAUUCAGUUUGUUUUUCAUAACAAUCUCGAGAGCAAUGUUUAUAACCUUUUCUCUACGUUAGCGUUUCCUGGCAAACUAUUUGUAUUUGUUGUUAUCUUAGACCAACCAGCCAGCCGUCACGGUAUUUUCGAUCGUGGAGAAUCUGGGGAAAGCAGCGAAUCGGGCGAGUCUGGUAAUGGGAAAGCUGCAGACAGUGGCGAUUCUGGCGAGAGCCCGUCGACUGCUGAGAGCGGGGACAGUGGUGAGAGCGGGGACAGUGGUGACAGCGGUGACUCUGGCGAUAGCGGUGACUCUGGCGAUAGUGGGGACCAAACCAAUUCAAAAUAAAAUGAAGAAAAUAUUUUUUUUAGAUGCACCAUCGAUAUGAUUCAAAGAGUGUGACUUUAAACACCUUCAAUUGGCCUGAAGAUCAAUAAACGCAUGCACAAACGGCA